AAUGGGCGGGACUACAGGGGAGGGGGGGCGGCGUCGCCCCGGGAGCCGCCAUGAUGAACCCCGUCACCGCCGCCACCACCACGGCCACCGCCACCGAGAUCUACGCGGCCGCCUGCCGCUGCGCCAUGUUGCUGCCCGCAGCGCCCAUGCGGGCCGACCUCGCCCGCCUCGUACCCUUCCUGCGGCAGUGGCUCUCCUGCGCCGUCUGCGGUAAUCUCCUGAGAAAUCCAGUCGGGCCAAAAAAGUCAGUGUGCCAGCAUUUUGUUUGUAAACGAUGCACAGGGCAGAAAAUGCGAAUGAAGCCUUUCUGCAGUUGGUGCAAAGACCAUGGAACAUUUGUGGAAAAUGAGCAACUUCGUAUUCUUCUAACUUGCUAUAAGAAACUUUGUGACUAUAUAGCUAGUUGUGCCAUAAUGGAGGAUAUUUCAGAAAACAACACCUUACCAGUUAACUUGAAUAUUUUGUUAAAAGAAGGUAUGAUGCUGGCGCAGGAUGAAAUGGAGUCUAGUGAGUUAUGUUGCACAGAAAAAGCUAUGAAAAUAAUAAGUAAAUUGACGCCUCUCCAGGUGGUACAAGUGCAGGUGGUGCAAAAAUCUAUCAUUUCAAAUCAAUCAAAUGACAUUGUCCACGUCAGUGUGAAGGACAGGAAAAAAGCUGUUAAUGUCUUUACGAGAAAAAUUUGCAAACAAACCAUGUUACAGAACAAUAACAGUUGUAAUGUAGAAAAUAAUAAGGAUAAAAGUGGAAUUCAAGCAUUCACUGAGCCCAUUCCUACAUCAUCCACGCCACAAUGUAACACAAGUCCACCUGCCUUAAAGAAACCGACUGAUAACAGACAUACUAGUGUCACUGAAAGAUUGAAAAAUAUGGUUAAAAGUUACAAUGCUAAAUAUAAAACAGUAAAGAGAUUAAGAAUUCAGGAAUAUGCUGGUUCAGCGAAAUCUAUGUAUAAAAAGCCAAGAGGGAAACCUGGGUGCAAGUGUGGGAGGGCAGCGUGUGCCCCAAGUGUUUUGACUUGCAGGGGGCAGAGGUGCCCUUGCUAUGCAAAUCGCAGGGCAUGUCUAGAUUGUAUCUGCUGUGGCUGUAACAAUUCCUACAUGGAAAAUGGCACAAAGAAACUGGAAUCCUUUGCUGUUCCAGAAAUAGCUCAUAAGCAGAGCAAAUUACUAAAGAGUGUUGACAAUUCAAGUUCAAUGGGUCAGACAAAACAGAUGUGAUUCUUUAUAUUAAUAACACUAAGUGUAAAACAUUAUAAGAAAUCUUGAAACAUUUUAAUUGAUCGAAGAAAGAGUGCCAACACUUUGAACACAGUAUACCAAUUUACAUUGCAGUUACUGUUUGACAAAGUGACUUUGCGUACUAAUCUUGGCAUGGGAGAUUUUCUGCUUGUCUUUCGAGGAACCAGUGUGAAUAUUAGACACUAUCACUCCAAAGCAGAAAUCCUGAUGUCUUAAAAUUAGAAGUAGAAUUUUACAAGGCUUGUAUUUGGCAUAAUUAUGCUGCAUUUAGUGCAAAGUUAAGAGCAAAUUUGCAUUGCAACAGCACUAAAUAUAAAUAGUUUACUCAGAUUAUUUUUGGCAAAAGCACAUUUUUAUUGUUCAAAGCUCAAAUAGCGCUCUGGCACUGUUAAUAGAGCUGAUAAAAGACUUCAUAAUUCUUUAUGCACAAUGACAAACACAAAUAACAGGUGGCUGUCACUGUACAAUUUCAUUAAAAACUCAAACACUGCUGCAUGCAAAUAUUUACGCAUUUUAAGAUCUUGCGAUAUCAAUCGGGCCAUGUUCACAGUAUUUUAUAUUUCCUUUAUUUACAAUUUAAAAAAACAGGAGGGAUCCCCAUUUAAUCAUUUAGAUUCCUAGGACUAGGUUUACUAUAUCUGAACCAGAAACAACUUCACAACUAUUUCAGAAAAAAGAAUUGAAGUUGUAUUUGUAUCAUUUUAUUUUAAAUGCAAACAAUUGGUUAUACUGACACUGUGGGGAAUUUUUAUUCAUGAAAAGAGCAGAUUUGGUAAUUGACCUCCUUAAAACAAAAGACUGAUUGCAUCCCACUCACUUUAUUUUUUAACAGUGGGAAGUCAGGAACUGUCAUUGAAUAACUCCCAGGAGGUGGGUUGGCAAUUUAAAUAUAACAAAGCUGCAAACGUUAUAUUGAACCACAUUUUUCACAAUUAACCCUGAAUGCCUGAGUUUUUUAGGCCUUGGGAUACCUGGCAGAUAAAGGGAGGGGAAUGCUGAAUGCAAAAGGUAAGUACCUUUUUGAGUAGACGGCUGCUUUAUUUUCUUUAUCAAAGCCCAUACGCCUGUCUGAUAGGGACUGGUAGACUUCUCUCCUCUUCUCUGCCACAAAUAACCCUUUCCAAUCAAUUCCUCGGCAACUUGUCCGAUCUAUUUCACAAUAUCUUGUGAUCCUCCCUGUGGUCUUUACUCAAUCUGUCUUUUAGAUGUUGGUCUCUACCUUUUUCCAAUGUCUGAUCUUCCCUCUUUCCACUCAGUUUGCAGCCUCAUUUACAUCUACAUCUUACAUCUACAUUAUCCAUCCAACCUCUCGGUUUCAUUGGUUGGGUCAGGGAAAUGGAGAUAAAUAAAUGGCGAGCAGGAUUGGGAAUUAAGUUUGCCAGUGCCUGCAAGAAAGCCAUACCAGUUUCCAGGCCAAUGCCCAACUCUAAACCCAAGUCUUCUGCCUCUCAGUUUUUUACCUGUUGCAGCUUAUUUUUUGAUAAUAUUGGAAUUAUUGAACCUGUUCAUAUGAAGGAUUGUCAUUAUUAAUACAAUGAGCACUUUAGCCACUGUCACAUCAAUUGUGCUUAUUACACCACCAUCUUGGUGCAUUAGCUUUGAGUAUCUGUUUAACCUCGUUUCUUUCAAUGAUUUCAGUUUUUCCAUUUUAAAAAAAACAUUAAAAUAAAACAAGGAGAGAUGAAUAUGAAUGUAAUUCUUUGCAACGUUUCAGAUUUUUGAAGGACACUAAUUUCCUCCAAAAAUGUAUUAAAUACUAUGUGAAUUGUAUUGAACUGCACUAAAACUUUUGUUUUAAUAGAUUGCCUUUCUUUAUCUCCCACUUCCUGACGGGGUGUAAAGCAGCAAGCUUAAAUACAACAGUGUCUAGUGAAAAUUCAAUCCUUGUUAAUUGGAGACUUUUUGCCACCCUUAUGGAGUUGAAAUGUAACAAUAUGUAGCUAAGAUAUUGAUACAUUUUAAUAAACUUAGUGCAAAAUGUUUGUGCUUCCGUUCUUGAAACAUAAAGUUGCUAAAGUUAGAAUUUUCAUGGUCCAUUCCGAAGAGUUGUACAUGCAUUGGUUGGAUGCUGGGUGGAUGUAGGGGUGUGGGCUGAGCUGCAAGAGGAUUGAUAGCAGUUCAUGGUUUGUAAAAAUAAAUGCUUGAUGAAACAGG